CACUCCACAGCAGAUCGUGCCCCUCGCCUCCAUCACUCACUCUCACAGCCCCCCAGCUAGCUAGUGCCCUCUGCAUCUCGUGCUCGGAGAACUUAGAUCAGCACAGAGCGAGGGUCGAUUAGCAGCUGAUCGGCAGAUCAUGGGCGUGGAGGGCUGCUGCAACAAGAAGGUGAUGGAGGAGGAGGCCCUGGUGAAGAAGAUCACCGGCCUCGCCGCGGCCAUCGGCGAGCUGCCCUCGCUGAGCCCCUCGCCGGCGGUGAACGCGCUCUUCACCGAGCUGGUGACGUCCUGCAUCCCGGCGAGCACCGUCGACGUCGACGCGCUGGGCCCGGAGGCGCAGGAGAUGCGCGCCCGCCUCAUCCGCCUCUGCGCCGACGCCGAGGGCCACCUGGAGGCGCACUACUCCGACCUCCUCGCCGCGCACGACAACCCGCUCGACCACCUCACCCUCUUCCCCUACUUCAACAACUACAUCAAGCUCAGCCAGCUGGAGCACGGCCUCCUCGCCCGCCACGUCCCGGGCCCGGCCCCGGCCCGCGUCGCCUUCCUCGGCUCCGGCCCGCUGCCGCUCAGCUCCCUCGUGCUCGCCGCGCGCCACCUGCCCGACGCCUCCUUCGACAACUACGACAUCUCCGGCGAGGCCAACGAGCGCGCCAGCCGGCUGGUCCGCAACGACGCCGACGCCGGCGCGCGCAUGGCGUUCCGCACGGCAGACGUGGCCGACGUGACGACCGAGCUGGCGGGCUACGACGUGGUGUUCCUGGCGGCGCUGGUGGGCAUGGCGGCCGAGGAGAAGGCGCGCCUGGUGGAGCACCUCGGGAGGCACAUGGCCCCCGGCGCGGCGCUCGUGGUGCGGAGCGCGCACGGCGCGCGCGGGUUCCUGUACCCGGUGGUGGACCCCGAGGAGAUCCGGCGAGGCGGGUUCGAGGUGCUCACCGUGCACCACCCGGAGGACGAGGUGAUCAACUCCGUCAUCAUCGCGCGCAAGGCGGCGGCGCCAGCAGCCGUCGCCGCCGACGGCGACGUGCCGGUGAACAACGGCGGCAUGCCGGCCCAGUGCGCGGUGGCGGUGAGCAGACCGUGCCUGGGCUGCGCCUGCGAGCUGGGGACGAGGGCGCACCAGAAGAUGAAGGAGAUGGCCAUGGAGGAGAUGGAGGCGUAGGCCGGCCGGCACUCCGGCAGACACCGUCACCGUCAUCGCCCAGAGCACGGUGAUGCAUGAACUCACCCACCGAUUAAUAUUUGCCCGAUUAAUCACCGACCGAUACAUACAUGCAUGGUAAUAAUUGGUUUGUCCUCAUGCAUGGAUGGAUGGACGUGGCUACUUAUUUACCAUAAUUAUUAAUCCUUGCCUGCGUAUGGCUGGCUGGAUUAUUUAUUUUCUACCGUAAUCGUGCCGUGUUUGUUUUAGCAAUCGUCUGACAGCUGCUAUAUGCCUCCGGGUUUAACAUAGAGGAGGGGGAUGAUAUGUGUCGUGUUGUGGUGUGGUGAGAUCGAGUCGAGUCGAGUUGCCUGCCUGCUAGCUGUUGUUGUAAUAAGUGUUUUUGACACUCUAUAUGACUCAAGUGAUCCAUCAUCACCAAGAAGCAGUGUAACACCGUACCGAUGCUUUCCUAAUUGAUUCCCUUGUUUCAA